GGUGCCGGACGAGAUAGCUUUCCCCGGGAAAAUAUCGAGGGAAAGUACAGCUGCUUAAAGGACGAAAGGUUUAUACUCAUUCCCUUUCCCCCCCUGUUGUCUGCGUUCCAGUCUUUUCGGGGCCUGAAGACAAAAUGAACGCGAGGGGCACGUAUAAUAAAGCACUCGUGUCAUGGUUGGGGGUGAUUAAACAUGUGAAACGUAAAGUUCAUUUGGAGAAAGCAAUUUCCAAAGCGAAAAGAAAUUUAACUGGUAAGAUAUCGGACAGAAGAGUCCGUCGAUGCGUGCGUCAGCUCUCGAAAAGCCCGAUAGUUGUAUUAGAGCGACUGAAUAUCGAGAAACAUGCAAAGUAUCGCGGAUCGAAGAUAAUGGAUAAUGAAGGUGAGGGUAAUAAUGCGCCUGUAUUUUACACGGGUAUAUCAUCGAUAUCCGUCUCCCACAUAUCCUCAAACACCCGAGACCCCGAAAUUAAUGAUAACAAGAUGGCGGAUAGAGUCGACAAAAUGGCGGCGAAUUCGUCAACGUCGCCGCCGCGCAGUAUAACUUCGACCAGCGAGCCGGAAAGACAUACCAAAGAUUCUCAAAGCGUUUCGCUAAUAGCUGAGAAAUUGAAAAAAUUAGAGAACAAAAUGGCGGAUAGCCCUAAUGACAAGUUUCCCCCGGGUCGCAAUGACGUGAACGCGCGAACCGUUCGCGAAGUGAUUGACGGAGACGAAAAAUUGAAGGCUGGAAAUUCAAAGAUGGCCGCGGCACGUGACAAAAUGGCGGACAAGAGUACAGGACUUGAGGGGAAAAAAUCGGAGAAAAUAACGGGCGCUCGAGAUAAGGAUGAAUUUCGUCUGCUGUCCGCGGAAUUUGGGGUGCCACUGACGCAAGAGCAGAUUUAUAGGCGAACACUGAAGAAGGUGAAGUGGCCGAAGCCGGAGUGGAGAAGAUCGUCGGAGAUUCCGUUCGCGCUAGACCCGCGGCGGAUCAAGCAGCUGAAGAGGGAAUGCAUGGAGGAGCUGCUGAAGAAGACGCCUGUUGUCGAUGGGGAUCAGGUCAAGGUGGAGGCGCCUGCGGAGACGAUUCUCCCGGAGGAACUUCCGAUGCCGGUGGUCAUGGAUACUACGGAGGGGAAGGAAGAGGAGAAAAUAGGACUCGAUCGCGAAGAUGAGGCCACCAUGGGCGAGAAUGUCGUGUCCAGCUCGGACUCGAGUCACUCUAGCGAACAAUGGGACAGAUGUAGUUCCGAAGUGGACGAGGGAAUCGCCUCAUCACAGUCAACCCCUUCGUCCUCACCGAACCAUAUCCCGGACACGACAGUUGCAUCAUCGAAGCCAGUCCCUGAGCUUUUAGACGAGAGUACAGGAUCACCGACUGAAAGGUUUGCCAGAAGGUCUAUAAAAUUGACUUGUAGACCCUUGCCGCCCUCAGUAGACCUAUCAGAUAUUGAGACUUGCCCCUCAGGCUCUUCCUCACCAUCAUCCAAUGAGAAAUUACCCACCGAGAGCAAUUUAAAUUCAGACACCAACAAGAGUCCUUCGAUAACAGACAAUCCGCGAGACUUUUUCGUACAAGGAGAAAAUUUAAAAACCGUUCUUUCAAACCAUCAGCCCCCCUCCUCACCCUCAGAUUCCCCCGCGAGUCCCACAGGAUGUUCGAAAUCUAGAAAAAAUUCAACACUCGAGACCUCUCAAGACAUCGCUCAAACGACUUUAUCAGCCUCAAACUCUCCAAAAUUCUCUGAAAAAGGAUCGAAAAUGUCGAGCCCCAAAGAUUCCGAUGCCAGACGGCACUUGCUGGACAUCCUUGAAGGCUCUGACCCAUCCCCAGAGCUCUCAGAAACCGCUCAGAAUUCCUCGAAAUCCGAUAAAGCCUCUGACAGCUCCCCCAAUUCCCGCGAGAAUCCCAAGAAGCCCCACAAGUCCCACAAAUCCUCGUCAAAAGAUCGCUCAGAAAAAUCAUCGAAGAAACGUCACCGCUCAGAUGACCGCAAGUCCUCAAAAUCCGAUGAAUCGAACAAGAAACCAAAGAAAUCCGACAAUUCAUCCUCGAAGCGACGAAGCGAUCACUCACCCUCGGGGGGCUCGUCCUCCGAGGACCCCUCAAAACGCCGAAGAAAGUCCUCAACAUCAUCCUCAAAGUCCUCAAGAUCCUCAAAAGAAAAAACUCGAGAAUCUGAGGAAUCUAAGCCCUCCGAGCCCUCGAACUCAGACUCAAACCCAAAAAAACCGACGCAGAUCGGCUCAUCGAAGAGGCCGAGGGUCUCUCGUUUGAGUUCGGAGGCUCCCGCCACGGAAUCUCCCUCAAACAUUCCAGAGGAUCUCCAAAAGAAACUAAACUGCGUGAAAUCAAAGUCUGAACCAAAAAAAUCAAAGAGAAACUCAGAGGAAAUUCAAAAGAACUUGUCAAGGCUCUUUGGACAGGAGGGGGCGCCCUCCACCAGACCCUCUGAGGAUGAUUCCGCCCCUCCAGGUGGUCAUCCAGCCCCAGAACCCCCUUGCGAGCCUCAAAACUCACAACCCGCUCAGAAAGACUCAGAACCCGCCCAAGAUGAGGGACUGGACUGUGAGGAGGAGAUAGCGAAGAUUUGGCUGGCGGUGGAGUCGGGGAAGCCUAACCCCUCGAAGAAAUCGACCUCAACAUCGCGCGCUGGCGACUACCUCCAACGAAAACGGCUCAGACUCGAGAAGGAGAAUCAAGAGCUCGAGAAGAAAAUUUUGUCAGAAAUUCCCAAACCGGCGUCAGCUGUAAGACCGAGAAAUCGGGCGCCUCUCCCUCUUAAACCCUCAGUAGUCCCACCUCCCCCCGACCCGGAGGAGCUGAAUGCCAACGUUCCCAUUGAUGAGGAGAUCUUCCACGAGUUGGAGGACGAGCCAGUCCCCCUGAUUGAAGCAGUCGAAAAAGCGUUAGAGGGGCCGCCUAAGGCGGAGAAUAUUCCUCUGAUUGGGGACGGGUCUGUGGAGCUGUCGCAAGGGAGUGAACCCAUGGACAUCGACGAGUCCGAGGGCCUUCCUGAUGUGAAGUCCCCCCACAGUGUUGACACCGUUAUCCUGGAUGAGGGAUCCCGGAGCCCAGGAAGACUCGAGAUUGAUGAGAAGGCCAAUUCGCUUGGCGAGUUCAAGGAAGCUUCACCCCCUCAGACCUUGAAGAUUUCUUACAAGGUGGGCGAUAGCGACGAAGAGAAGACGUUGGAGGUGUCUCCUGGAGGGAGUUUUCUGAACGGCCCUGAACGCAACUGGACGCCUUCGAUUUUAGAGAAUUUGAUGGAGAACAGAGUGGAUUCUGAUGAUGCUCUUAAAACACUGGAGGAGAUGUGUGCCAGACCUCUGGAGGACCUUCUGCCUCAGGAUGGGGGGGAGAAGGUGGACGUGGGGCUUACUCCAGAGGAGAUCAAUGAAGUCGCGAGGAGAAAGUUCAGGGAAUUUUCUGUCGCCACUCGUGGUGGCAAUAGGAUUAUUCCCAGGAUUGUUUCCUCGCCAAUGGGGGAAAUGGUGGCGGUUCCUGUGGGGGAACCGGCUCAUCCUAGCCUUCGGGGGUAUCACAGGGCGCAGGAGCAACUGUUUGAGGAUGUGAUUGGGAUGAUGAGGGUCUUUCAGUAUCGCAUGGAGGUGGUGGAGAGGCAUCCGGGGAAUGUGGAGAUGGUGAGACUUCUAAAUAGUGUCUGUGCAGGAGUGAGGGAGGGCUUUACAAAACUGAGGGCGACCAUGGAGGGGGUGGUCGAUGAGGAGGUGGUGAGGCUCAUUGUGGAGAGGUCCAGGAGGACAAAUGAAACACCCUUCGUCAGGGCAGAGGAGAUUGUGUGGGCACUGAGGAGGUCCAAGGUCGCUGUUGCGGAGCCUGUGCCUGCUCCGGUGGUUCCUGCGGCGGUGGGGAGGGCGAAGGAAGAGGAGAAGAAGACGGUGAGGAGACGGUGCCAGGAGGGAGGGAGGAGUGCAAGUAGCGGGGGUUACAGUGGCGGAGGUGUCAUCCAUCAGACCACCGAUGCACAUCACCCAUCAGCUCGACCACCACCACCACCACCAUACCCAGGAAAUCAUCAACCAGUCCACCCACCCCAGACCUCCUCCGCCCCCCCUCAAACCCCCCAAAUCCGCCCUAAAAUUCUUACCCAUCCCAAACCCGAACUUCUCCCCCGUCCCAUGCCCCAGUUCCAUCCCCAAUCCUUAUUCCCCACUCCCCAGAACCCCUCCUACCCCCAAAUCCUUCCCUUCACCCCCCAAAAUCCUAAAAAAAAAUCCUCAAAUUCGCAACUCCCCUCAAAAUUUCCACCACAACCUUCCCAACAACCUCCCCCCCUCUCUCAACAGCCCUUCCCCCCACAGCCCCAUCCUCCCAGAGUAUCAAAUCCCCCUGCAUUCCCCCAGCACAUUGCCAUCAUCCAGAUGCAGCAGUACAACCAAUACACGCUUCAAACUGGAAAUCAAGCCCUCGAAGUUCAACCUCAGGGUCAUCCCCAGCCGAUGAACCCCCAGUACAUGCCCCAGCAGCAACUGCUCCACCAGAUGAACCAACAAAAUCCCCUCCUUGGUGUACCUCAGCCUCAUCCAAUUCCACAGUCACAAUUUCUCCCUCCAGAGUUCGUGAGAUGCGCCUCUGGUCAGUGUAACCACAACAACUGCGAGACACGUCUUCAGGUGUUGAGGCACCACGAGAUGUUGCAGCAGAGUAAGAAUGCAGUUUAUGGAGUUCAGUCAAGAGAUCCAAGAUCCCGGGGGCAUCCCCAGCAGAUGCAGGUCAAUCCCCCAGGCAUGAUGUCUCAGGGACAGAUGCCAGGAGCUCAGCCAUCUAGAAGUCACCAUCAAGCCUGUGGAGUUCCUGGUGUUUAUCCUGGACAAGUGCCUCAUCAACAUCAAGGACAACUCCAGCAUCAGCAGAUAAAUCCUCAGAAUAUCCAAUUGCAGAACCAUUUAUUGAGCUUGGACCAGAAUAUGAGUCAUUACCUGGAUGCUCGGCUGGUUGAGAAUUACUUCGAAACGAUUGAAUCAACGCAUCAAGUACCCCAGAAGACUCAAAAAGCUCGUAAACCCCCUCAGGGCCCGACUCCACAGAGGGCUCAGCAGCUUCAGAAUCAAGUGCAGCAGCCCCAGAUGGGCCUCCAGCAUCCUCUGAAUUUUCCUAUUCAGCAGUAUCAAGUAUCUCAGCACAGUUAUCCUUCAUUGAAUCCACAGAUGCCAUCACCCCAGCAAAAUUAUCCAUCGUCAAAUUGCCAUAUGCCUUCCCAGAACAUCAUCUACUCCCCAAUCCUCCAGAAUUCUCCAGCACAGGGCCCAGCGACCAUCACCAGGGUCAAAACCGAGCCUACAACUCAGAUGAAUCUUCUCCAGAAGCCUCCAUCCGAGGGAAUUCUAGUGCCUGGAGCUCCAGCCACAGAUGGAAAUCAAGCUUCAUCGAGACCAUGUUACCCACUAUCUCAACAGAGUUAUCCUUCAUCGAGUCCACAGAUGCCAUUACCCCAGCAGAAUCAUCCUUCGUCACAUCUCCAAGUGCCUUCCCAGAACUUGAUCUACACCCAACUCCUCCAGAAUUCUCCAGCACAGCUUCCAGCAACCAUAACCAGGGUGAAAACCGAGCCUAAAAGUCAAACGGUUCCCCCUCAGAACUCUCCAUCAGCUGAGGGAAUUCCAGUGGCUGGAACUCCCGUCACAGCUGGAAAUCAGGCUGGAGCUAAUGAUCGAAUUACUGGAGUUGCAAAGUUUAAUCACUUACAAAUCCCUCAGAGUUCUCCAGCACAGAGUUCAAUAACCAUCACUAGGGUCACUCCUGAAUUCAGAGCACAAAUGAAUUUUCCUCAGAAGCCUCCAUCAUCUGCGGGAAUUCCAAUGUCUGGAACUCCAAUCACAGGUGUAAAUCAAUCUGGAGUCAAUGUUGGAUUAAAGUCGCCCUCAGGGGUUAAUUCUUCUGGAAUUUCAGCAGCUAUUGGCCAGCAGACUGGGGUUACUGGAGUCCCAAGGUCAUUCCCAGGGAUGAAUUCUCAAGGAAUGCCGCCAAGUGGCCAUCAGGCUGGAGGAAUGGGGGUGCUUAGAUCUUCUCCGGGAAUGAAUUCCCCUGGAAUUCCAGUGGGUGGACUCCAAACUGGAGUUAUUGGAGUUCCAAAAUCGAUUGCAGGGUCCAAUUCUCAGGCUGGAGGAAUAAACAUUGCUAGAUCUUCUCCAGGACAAAAUUCCCCUGGAAUUCCAGGGACUGGACCGCAGAGUGAAAUGACAAGAGUUCCAAGGCCCUCUCCAUCACUGGAUUCUGGAAUUUCAACGUCAAUUCGACCUCAAGUUGGAGGAAAUUCUGCUGAAACUCCAGUGACAGGAGCUGUUGGAGUUCCAAGAUCAUUUCCAGGCGUAAAUUCUUAUGGAAUUCCACUUGGAGCUCACACUGGAGGAAGGAGCAUACCCAGAUCUCCAGGAAUGAAUUCCCCUGGAACUCCUGCACCUGUACAGCAGGCUGGAAUAACGAGAGUUUCAAGACCCUCUCCAUCCCUGGAUUUUGUAAUUCCAACAUCGGUUGGACAUCAGAUUGGAGUGAACUCCGCUGGAAUUUCACGAUCCUCUCCAGGGAUUCCAACUACUACAAUUUACCCUGGAGGCAUUAGAGCAUCACCAUUAUCUCCAAGAUUGAAUUCUCCUGGAAGUCCACAAAAUUCAUCUAGAAUAAUUCCCACCAAAAUUGCACAAUUUUCUGGAUCUCAACCUGGAUUCAUUCCAAAAUUCACGCCUGUAGUGAGUUCUCAAGGAGUUCCAUUGAUCCCUGGAAAUGAAUCUGCAGUCACUGGAGCCCCAAGAACAUCUCCAGCAAUGACUUCUCCCCGAAUGCCCACUCCUGUACAACAAACUGGACACAAUUCAACUGGAAUUUCUUCAUUUGCUGGAGUAACUGGAGGCUCCAGUUUCUACUCAGACACCCAGGAGGCCCUGGCAGCCAUGGAGAGAAUUCGAGUCACCGCCAUUGAUGAUUUCAGAACCAGCACCAGGGCAUCGACAAACUCGAGAAUUAUCAUUCAAACACCUCAGGAUCAAUCACCUCCACUGGAGUCUCCAAAAGAGGGAACAACAGCCCCUCAAGCCACGAGAAUUUCUCCCGAAAUUUCUGGAGUGAUUUCUUCAGUCCAGAAUCAUUCCAAUGACUCGAAAAUUCCAACUCCAGCUCAUGAAAAUGCAUCAAUCGAUCAUCAGUCCAGAACAAUUCCAACUCCCAGGGAUGGGACAGCGACACCUCAAGACACGAGAAUUUCUCCAGCAACUCCUGAAGUGAUUUCUCCCGCAAAAAAUCAUUUCACUACCCCGAGAAUUCCAACUCCAGCUCACGAGAAUCCAUCAAUCGAUCAUCAGUCCAGAACAAUUCCAACUCCUAGGGAUGGGACAGCGACUCCUCAUGAUCGUGGAGUGUUUUCUCUCACAAAAAAUCAUUCCAGUGCUCCGAGAAUUCCAACUCCAGCUCAUGAGAAUGCAUCAAUCGAUAUUCACUCCAGAAUAAUUCCAGCUUCUGAUGUUUCUCCAGCAAGUCCAGGGUCUCCAAGGUCUCCUCUGGACUUGUCCACCAAACCAUCGUCAAGACUUUCGAAACCAGUUAUCAUCAGUGACAUAAAAAUAUCUCCCCCAAAAUCUGAAAUUACAAAUUCUCCAGAAUCGAAAAUUCCUCCAAGGAAUUCUCCAGCUCCCGGUUGUCAAGGUCGAAAAACGUCGCAAACACCUGAAGAAAUUCCACUGAUCUCUCUUGACUCUUCGGACGAUGAAGAAUUCCCGGAGUCUGUUGGAGGAAGUACUGGAAUUUCUGGAGAAAUUCCGGAGGAAAUGGACGAGUCUGAUGCGAGUGAUGGUGAUCUGGAGAUUAUUGAUCAGUUGAAGGGAAGUUUUUCACUAGUUGAUGACGAGAUUGAGUGCGAUGGCAUGGCCAGGGAGAUGGGAAUACAUCUGGAGACCCCUUCCCAGAAAUUCGAAGAAGUUGCUCUGAAGAUCGCUGGAGUCACGUCAAUUCCGAUUGAUCAGUAUGAGGGAAUUGAGGAGGCUCAGGAGAGGGUGGCAGAGAGAGUUGUUGUGAAGGAGGAGUGGAUGGAGGCGGUGGAGGACAUCAACGUUCAGGACGAGAAACCUAAAAUCUGCCUUGUGUGUAAGACGGAGGUGGCGACUUUGUCGUGUAAAUUUUGCCGUUUGGUGUUGGUCUGCGGAGAAGCGUGUGGAGAGAGGACCGAUCAUUUUGACUCGUGUGGACCACCUCUGGUGAAAAUUGAGGAUGAGUGAACAGGGGAGGACAUUUGUUGACCAAAGAGAGUGAGUGAUUGUUUGAGUGAGUGAGUGAUUUUCGAUAAUAUCUUGAAGAAGAGUGGGUUUAGGGGAAAGUGUGGCGGAACAUUUUUUGUGGGAAAUUUAAUUCUGGAGGAAAAUUAUCUUUUGGAGUUUUGAGAUAGAAUGAGGAGUUUGAGAGAUAUUUGUAAAAAUUAUUAAUUAUUAAAUAUUUGCAAAAUUGUAAAUUGUUUCGUUGGAAACAAUUUACAAUUUUCCAUGGAAAUAUCUCAAAUACCAAUGAUUCCACCAAAAAAUUUCAUAGAAUAUUUUUUGUGGCAAAUUUAGUUUCCUAUAAAAAUUUCUUAUGACAUUUUUUUUUGAUA